AUGGAUGAUCAGAGUUUAAAGAAGGGCGGUGUCCAGAAUGGCACGAAGCCCCCUGCCCCCCCCUCCCACACACCCAAGGAGGAGAAAGCCACCGCACUGCAGAGAGAGGUGGGUCUGCUCAGUGCUGUGUCUAUGAUCGUGGGGACGAUGAUUGGUUCUGGAAUCUUCAUCUCUCCCAAAGCCGUGCUGGAAGGAACUGGAGCUGUGGGACCCAGCCUGUGUGUUUGGGCCGCCUGCGGAAUACUGGCUACUCUCGGGGCUCUGUGCUAUGCUGAGCUGGGUACUAUGAUUACGAAGUCGGGUGGAGAGUACCCGUAUCUGAUAGAGGCGUUUGGUCCAGUUCUGGGUUUCCUCUUCUGUUGGGCCUCCAUCAUAGUCGUCAAGCCCUCAGCCUUCGCCAUCAUCGCCCUCAGCUGUGCAGAGUACGCGGCCACGCCCUUUUACCCAGGAUGCACACCUCCUCGCCUCGUCAUCAAGAGCCUCGCUGCCGCCUUUAUCACACUGAUCACACUGGUGAAUUGUCUGAGUGUGCGGCUUGCCAAAUACGUCCAGAAUUUCUUCACGGCAGCAAAACUCCUCAUCAUCUUCAUCAUCAUAGUGGCCGGAAUCAUCCUACUGGCUCAAGGGAACACUCAGAAUCUCAGGAAUGGGUUUGAAGGGGCGACAACAUCGUUUGGAGACAUCGGACUGGCCUUUUACAACGGACUCUGGGCGUAUGGAGGCUGGAGUCAACUAAACUUCAUCACGGAGGAGCUGAAAAAUCCAAACAGGAACAUGCCUCUGGCGAUUGUGAUUGGCAUCCCCAUGGUAACGGUGUGUUAUGUUCUGAUCAACGUGGCGUAUUUCACCAUCAUGACGCCAGCAGAACUGCUGCAGUCGCCUGCCGUCGCAGUGACGUUUGGUGAUCGUGUGCUGUACCCCAUGUCGUGGGUGGUUCCCCUGUUCGUCGUUUUCUCCACAUUCGGGGCAGCCAAUGGGAACGCCUUCACCGCUGGCAGGCUGACGUAUGUAGCUGCACGAGAGGGUCACAUGCUUAAGAUUCUGUCCUACAUCAGUGUGAAGUACUACACACCAUCUCCUGCUCUCAUCUUCAAUGGGGUCCUAGCUAUCAUAUACAUCCUCCCAGCGGACAUCAGCACUCUGAUAAACUAUUUCAGUUUUGCCAAGUGGUUAUUCUGUGGACUCACAGCCCUCGGUCUCAUAGUCAUGAGGUACACCAAAAGAGACCUGCACAGACCAGUCAAGGUGCCUGUGGUGAUAGCAGGGCUAUUUGUGUGUGUGUCGUGUUAUCUGGUGUUGGCCCCCAUCAUCGAUAAGCCGGCGGUGGAAUAUCUGUACUGCACAGCCUUCAUGCUCAGCGGCCUGCUCAUAUACCUGCUCUUCAUACACCUCUCACACACCUGGAGCCACAGCAUCAUGCGGCCAAUCACUACACAUCUACAGCUGCUGAUGCAGGUGGUUCCCCCAGAGAAGAUGGCCUGAAGACCACACACGCACACACGCACACACACGUUUCCAAAAAUGUGUCAAAAGUUUUAGGUACCAGUUAGGUACCGUUUUCAUGCUGUUUCCACAUACCCUUUGCCCGGGUAAUUCAACAGACUUUGUUUGGGCCUUUCGUUCACACAUACAGAACACAUCCUCUGAAAAAGAGUCUUUCAAAAACUCUAUAAAACUUUGGUUUCCUGUUUGCAUGUAAACCUGUAGACAUGAAUGUCUUUCUCCUUCUCGCUAUUCAUGACUGGUCUUGACAGCAUAUUUAUGCAGCUACACCUAUGUGUGAGAACAAAUAUAUUUUGGAAAAUGGAGGGAAGAUCAUUAAUCAAAAUACCAGUCUAUGUGUAACCAGCAUAUAAGUCAGUGUUGUCCCUAAUUCACUAGGCUAUGUGAAUUAGGUUUUUGUCAAAUAUUGAAUAAAAUCGUACGGAUCAUGUUGAGAUUGUCAGCGGUAUUGUCAAGCCUCACGUCGCAAGGACGAUAAUGAGGCCUGACUGGAAUUUUAGAUUUGCACACUGUACUAGAAAUAAAAUGCAAAAUUAAUUCAAAUAGAUGGGUCAGUUUUGACAGGAUGUGGACUCAGACAAUAAGCACUUGGACCACACUGACUUGCUCUCGCUCUCUCUCUCUCUCUCUCUCUCUCUGACAUGCUUUUGAGAAAGUGACCACUUCUGUACUUAAAACAGUUCUUUUUAUAUAGGCAAUGCUAUUUUUUAGAAAGAUGGACCUUUUUUUAUUGUAUGCCUAAUUCAUCACAAUUAAA